AUGAAAGAGGCUCAUCGCUCCGAAGUUGAUGCUUUGCAAUCGAAAGUAACCUCGUUCACAGAGAAUGUGAAUGAUUUGCAAAAUAUACAAAAGGUUUUGGUUCAAGAUCAGCAGAGAGAACUUGCGUUACCGGAGACAGCUAAAAAUGAAGAAAUUGACAAAUUAAGAGAACGAUUGAGUCCAAUGGAGGAGGAAUGUAGUAACUUAAUCAAAGAAUAUGAAACUGUAAAAUCCGAAAAAAAUAAAGCCGCGGAAGAACUCUCAAGACCUCAACACGACCAUAGCACACUAGAACACAAUCUUAAUACAACAUCACAAAAAAAUAAGGAGAUCAAAACCAAAUGCGAGCAACUAGCUCAAAGUAAUGUCGAAAUUACGGCUGAACGAAACGAUGCCAUCCAGUUGUGUGAAAAACAGGAUAAACAGCUUGAAAUUCUUAAAACGGUUAACGAUAACAUAACUUCAGAGAGAGACUCUUUACUGAAAGAACGGGAUGGCCUUUCACCGAAAAUUGUUUUUCGCUUGAAUCAGAGAUAA